UCAAAAACUGUUAUUUUUCUUACCAAAGUUCACGGUUUUCUAAAAAACAAUGGCUUACACAAUCUCGCCGUUUUUGCGCUCGCCCUGGACAGACUUGACGGGCGGAAUGAUCUCCCACCAGCUCUUCGGACGAUGCGCCACCAUGGAAAUGGACAUGAUGGACUGUCUGGAGGCGUAUGGACUGGACCGCGGCUUGAGGAAGUGCAAGGAUCUGAUGGAUGAGUUCAAGGAGUGUCAUACGAUGACUCUACAGUUUAAGAGGUUCUUUGCGAUGCGAGCCGAACGCGAAAGGCAAAUAGCAGAGGGAAAAUUGAAAGGAGAGUGCCGAUAUGUCACCCCUAAAAUAGAUAGUUUCUGAUUUACGGAAAAUACGAAGCUCAAUCUUGUAUUUAGGUAUUUUGCUCAAAGUUCUUCCGAAAUAUACGGGUAUGUUUAAUAGUAAA